UUUAAGGAGAGCUUCGGAAAAUACUGUAAACCCCUCACUGUUCUUCGAACUCGGAUCAGAAUCUAAGAUCGGAGAAAUGGCGGAAUCAGAGGAAGUGGCGAAGCAAUCCAACGGCGACAUUGAGGUUGAGUUUGCCGGCGACGGCGACCGCCUCGGCGCCGUUCUACGAGACUUGUUUGCCGGCCUCGCCGCCGACGGGAAGUCGCCGCUUUCCCAUCGCAUUCGAGUCUCUCUCUCCUCCAACGCACCUCGCCUCAAAGAUGCGUCAAGGAACUCUGCUCAAGCUCUUGCAAAAUGGACUCGACGGGGCGGAGCUCUGCGAGGUCUACUCGUCAUCUCG